AUGAAGCUUAAUAAUGAGAGCUCUUUCACUGGGUUCAUUUUAUUAGGCUUCUCUGAUCGACCACAACUGGAGCUUCUCCUCUUUAUACUUCUUCCAAUUUUCUACCUCUUCACUAUAGUGGGAAACACAACCAUCAUCUUGCUGUCUCAGGUGGAUCCCAGGCUCCACACCCCCAUGUAUUUCUUUCUCUCCAACCUCAGUUUCCUAGACCUCUGCUACACUACCAGCAUUGUCCCUCAACUUCUGGUGAACCUAUGGGGACCAGAUAAGUCUAUUUCCUAUGCAGGUUGUGCCUCCCAGCUCUACAUUUCCUUAGCUUUAGGGUCUACAGAGUGCAUCCUCCUGGGAAUGAUGGCAUAUGACCGCUAUGCUGCCGUUUGCCGGCCACUCCACUACAUGAUCAUCAUGCAUCCUCGGCUUUGUAGCCAGAUGGCAGCCAUCUCUUGGCUCAGUGGUUUUUCCAAUUCCCUGAUACAGACCUCCCUGACUCUCCAUGUGCCCCUCUGUGGAAAGAACAGGAUAGAUCAUUUCUUAUGUGAAGUUCCUCCACUCCUCAAGCUGGCUUGUGUUGACACAACCAUCAAUGAAGCUGAGCUCUUUGUUGUUAGUGUCCUUUUCCUUUUGGUGCCCAUAUCAUUCAUCUUGGUAUCCUAUGGACGUAUUGUCUGGACAGUUUUACAUAUGAAGUCAGAAUCAGGACAGAGGAAAGUAUUUUGGACUUGUGGAUCCCAUCUUGUGGUUGUCUCCCUCUUCUAUGGUACGGCUAUCUAUGCCUACCUGCAGCCUACUAACAGUUAUUCCCAGGACCAGGGCAAAUUCAUAUCACUGUUCUAUACUGUUAUCACACCAAUGAUUAACCCCCUUAUCUAUACACUGAGAAACAAGGAUGUGAAAGGGGCAAUAAAGAAGGCUCUACUAGGUAGU